AUGCAGUUCAAUCGUUUCAUUCCAGCUUAUCACCACCAUUUUGGAAGGCAAUGUAGGGUGGCUGCCUAUGGGUUUAGUAAGCUCAUUGAACUAUUUGAAGCCAUUCCAGAUGUUCUUCAGGUCUAUGAUGACGAAGAAGAUGGAGAGAAGCAGUUGCAGCUGGUGGAACGAGAACGUGUCCGUGUACUAGGAGAUCAAGUUGGAGCAGUGGUACGAGGAGCUCCUAGGCAAGCUAUCAGGAUUUCUGCCUUGACCCAGGUCUUCACUCGUUAUUAUGGGUAUUCUUUGAAACCCUCUCAUUAUGGUGGUAACACUUUGGAAGAGCUUAUAGGAAAGCUUAGAAAUCAUGUGAAACUGGUGGAAACUGGUGAUGAACCUGUAGUGGCCCUUGUUGACCGAGGAUAUGUGCAUGAAAUCAUGGUGCGAGCACGGAAACUUCUCUGGGAGGACUCCAGCUGCAGCUAUCCUCUAGAUAAAUUUGUUCAAACAUACACUGACCGUUAUGGCCAUCCUCCAAGCAUAGAAGUGAUUAGACGGGACUUGGAAGAUGUACUUGUGAUUGAGGGUGAAGGGGAAGAAGCCAAGGUUAACCUGGUGCCACUGCAGAUGUUUGCCCGAGAUCUCUUGACACUUCUCCAUGAAGCUGGGGGUCGUAUGCUACUUCUGAAUUUUGAUACAGCCUAUCUUGACCGUUUUGGUGUUGCAUGUCGUCCAGCGACUUAUGGUUUUCCCAAUAUAGUGGCUCUGGUUCAAGCCCUAGGAGAUUUGGUGGCAGUUAGAGGUCGUGGAACAAAAAGAAUACUUGUCUUAAAUAGGGACUCUGCUCCUUCCCCUCCUAGCUUCCACAUUCCUACAUCAAGUUCCUCUUUCUAUGGAGACAACACUGAGGGUGCCAGUGCAAAUAGUGAUGCCAAGCCACCACCUCCAAGUCAUCUUCCUCCUCCAAAUAAAGUCACCCCACCUCAGCAGUGCGAUUACCAGCGCUAUAUACAAGAAGCUAAUUCAAACAGUCACUUAAUGAUGGGAAUGAAUGCUCCAACCCCCCAUCCCUCCUACCAGCCUUCAUCACCUGUGGUUUAUCCUGGCUCUCCAGCACCAACAGGCGGUUCAGUUAUGUGGGGCCAGAUGUGGUCACCUCAAUACCCAGUUAUGCCCCCACUGUCCCCUGCUCACUACAUGGUGCCAACACUUCCCAUGAGUUGGGGAAGUAUGCCAGCCUCUCCUGCUGGUCCCCUGGGAUCCUCCACUCCCCCAGCCCCAUUGCUGGGCACCAUGGCACCCCCGAUCUCCAUACAUAUGCUCGAUGAGCUCUCCAAGCAGGCGGGUAAAUUGAAUGAGGAAUAUGCAGCACCCCCGAGUGCUAGCGAGUUGCCACCCCCGGAGCUUUUCACACAAAUGCAUCCCCAGGAGCAAAUGGCAGCCCAAGUAACUGCUCCUGAUAAUUGUAACCAGACAUCAAGCAGUGUAAUCUGUGAAGAGGCUGAUGACACGUGGUCCAGCUGCAACAGUGAUGCAGAUAAAGGUGAAGGUAACACCACCUCAACACCAGUGGCACCAAAACUCCGCACAAAGCGACGUUUAGCAGCACAAUUUGCAGCAAAUUGAAUAAGGAAUUUUCCAAUAAAGUACAGCAUUGUGUUCAUCACAAUAGCCUAGUUCCAUAAGUACUGGUUUAGGUGUGAUUUUGUGCAAUAAUUUUUGAGGUUCUGUAAAAUAUUUAUGUCCGUCCAUAGACCAUGUUCAGUAUCAAUUCCUAUGACGUCUCAGUUAUGUGAACUGAUGCAUUUCUUAUUUUACUUGUUGAUUAGUUUUUCUUUGUAUUGUUGAAUUUUGUUCUAGAUAUAUCUAGAUUUAAAACAUUCUAUAAUUUAAAUGAAGAGAGAAUUUUAAAAUCUCUUGGCUAUUUACCACGAUAAUGGUGCAACUGUACAUGAAAUUAUUUAAUCAUUCCAAGAAUGGGCAGUUAUCAUAAACAUAUUUGUUGUCAGAGAUAGACAGGGAAAGAAAGGGGAUUUAUUAUAGAAUUUGUUUUGUCACUGUUCAUCAGUAUAUCAGAUUUCUUGAAAGUGCAAAUGUUUACAUAUUUAGAUUUGGCAAAUAUCAGUUUUGCAGUUUCAGCUAAUGUAAACAAACCUUUAAACAAAAGAGAAUCAUAGUACAAAUGGUUGGACAAAGAUGUUAGUUUCUUGUUCUAAAUGUACAAAUACAGAAGAUUAACUUAAAAAUGCUGUUGUUUAUUUGGCAUUUUUAAGGCAGCAUUAUCUUAUGAAUUAGUACAGGAAGUAUGCUUCAAAAAUGUUUCUAUGUUCUAUGAAAAAAUAUUGUGUUUGAAGCUUGUUGGUCUUUUUUUCUAGUUUUGAGAAUUGAAGAUUCCCAUAUAUGGUUAAUAACUAAUUUCUGAAAGGGGAAAAUGGAAGGGAAAGUUGAGCUGAGACAGUUUAGGGUUUUUUGUUUUUUUUGCUCAAAGCCCGGGUCUAGUGUGUUGUAGAAUAAUUUGAUUCUAUUGAAGAAAGUUUAGAAGCACUUAUGAAGUAACUUCCUUAAUGUUCUCUUUCUUUGAUACUUUUUAUAUAUUUGAAAAGUGAUGUAAGUUGUUGAUCAACAAGCUUCCAUCUGUUUUGUUCCUAAGCAGGAGUAAAAAUGCUUCGUUUUUUAUGACAUUUCGUUAAUCUUGUAUGGUUAUUCUGUUGAAUACAACUACAAAUACCAUUUUACUUGUCUUGACAUAGCCUGACAUGCUAGUUAUGGGUUACUGGUACAAUAUUUCUGCUGUAUUAUAGCAUUAUAGUAUAUAGCAUUCAAGAGUUUGAGAAUGCAAGAUUGCAUAUUUCUGUGCUGAAAGUGUUAUGAUUAGCUUAAUCACAACAUCUAGUCUGUUAUUUAUUUUGAUAUUUUAGUCUGAUAGCAGACUGUACAAAAAUGCAUCAGCAGCUGUUAUGAGCCAACAAGUUUGUCAGGGUUUUGUCAAGCUUUUGUCAGUGUUGGUAAUGGGGUUCUCAGUGUUACACUGAAACAUUCCUUGUUGUGGAAGUUGAAAUAAAUGUUAUUAUAAAGUAA